AUGAAGGAGGAGAAAACAACUGAAUUCAAAGAGAAAACAACUGAAUUCAAAGAGAAAACAACUGAAUUCAAAGAGAAAACAACUGAAUUCGAAGAGAAAACAACUGAAUUCGAAGAGAAAACAACUGAAUUCGAAGAGAAAACAACUGAAUUCGAAGAGAAAACAACUGAAUUCGAAGAGAAAACAACUGAAUUCGAAGAGAAAACAACUGAAUUCGAAGAGAAAACAACUGAAUUCGAAGAGAAAACAACUGAAUUCGAAGAGAAAACAACUGAAUUCGAAGAGAAAACAACUGAAUUCGAAGAGAAAACAACUGAAUUCGAAGAGAAAACAACUGAAUUCAAAGAGAAAACAACUGAAUUCAAAGAGAAAACAACUGAAUUCAAAGAGAAAACAACUGAAUUCAAAGAGAAAACAACUGAAUUCAAAGAGAAAACAACUGAAUUCAAAGAGAAAACAACUGAAUUCAAAGAGAAAACAACUGAAUUCAAAGAGAAAACAACUGAAUUCAAAGAGAAAACAACUGAAUUCAAAGAGAAAACAACUGAAUUCAAAGAGAAAACAACUGAAUUCAAAGAGAAAACAACUGAAUUCAAAGAGAAAACAACUGAAUUCAAAGAGAAAACAACUGAAUUCAAAGAGAAAACAACUGAAUUCAAAGAGAAAACAACUGAAUUCAAAGAGAAAACAACUGAAUUCAAAGAGAAAACAACUGAAUUCAAAGAGAAAACAACUGAAUUCAAAGAGAAAACAACUGAAUUCAAAGAGAAAACAACUGAAUUCAAAGAGAAAACAACUGAAUUCAAAGAGAAAACAACUGAAUUCAAAGAGAAAACAACUGAAUUCAAAGAGAAAACAACUGAAUUCAAAGAGAAAACAACUGAAUUCAAAGAGAAAACAACUGAAUUCAAAGAGAAAACAACUGAAUUCAAAGAGAAAACAACUGAAUUCAAAGAGAAAACAACUGAAUUCAAAGAGAAAACAACUGAAUUCAAAGAGAAAACAACUGAAUUCAAAGAGAAAACAACUGAAUUCAAAGAGAAAACAACUGAAUUCAAAGAGAAAACAACUGAAUUCAAAGAGAAAACAACUGAAUUCAAAGAGAAAACAACUGAAUUCAAAGAGAAAACAACUGAAUUCAAAGAGAAAACAACUGAAUUCAAAGAGAAAACAACUGAAUUCAAAGAGAAAACAACUGAAUUCAAAGAGAAAACAACUGAAUUCAAAGAGAAAACAACUGAAUUCAAAGAGAAAACAACUGAAUUCAAAGAGAAAACAACUGAAUUCAAAGAGAAAACAACUGAAUUCAAAGAGAAAACAACUGAAUUCAAAGAGAAAACAACUGAAUUCAAAGAGAAAACAACUGAAUUCAAAGAGAAAACAACUGAAUUCAAAGAGAAAACAACUGAAUUCAAAGAGAAAACAACUGAAUUCAAAGAGAAAACAACUGAAUUCAAAGAGAAAACAACUGAAUUCAAAGAGAAAACAACUGAAUUCAAAGAGAAAACAACUGAAUUCAAAGAGAAAACAACUGAAUUCAAAGAGAAAACAACUGAAUUCAAAGAGAAAACAACUGAAUUCAAAGAGAAAACAACUGAAUUCAAAGAGAAAACAACUGAAUUCAAAGAGAAAACAACUGAAUUCAAAGAGAAAACAACUGAAUUCAAACAGAAAACAACUGAAUUCAAACAGAAAACAACUGAAUUCAAACAGAAAACAACUGAAUUCAAACAGAAAACAACUGAAUUCAAACAGAAAACAACUGAAUUCAAACAGAAAACAACUGAAUUCAAACAGAAAACAACUGAAUUCAAACAGAAAACAACUGAAUUCAAACAGAAAACAACUGAAUUCAAACAGAAAACAACUGAAUUCAAACAGAAAACAACUGAAUUCAAACAGAAAACAACUGAAUUCAAACAGAAAACAACUGAAUUCAAACAGAAAACAACUGAAUUCAAACAGAAAACAACUGAAUUCAAACAGAAAACAACUGAAUUCAAACAGAAAACAACUGAAUUCAAACAGAAAACAACUGAAUUCAAACAGAAAACAACUGAAUUCAAACAGAAAACAACUGAAUUCAAACAGAAAACAACUGAAUUCAAACAGAAAACAACUGAAUUCAAACAGAAAACAACUGAAUUCAAACAGAAAACAACUGAAUUCAAACAGAAAACAACUGAAUUCAAACAGAAAACAACUGAAUUCAAACAGAAAACAACUGAAUUCAAACAGAAAACAACUGAAUUCAAACAGAAAACAACAGCUGUUACAAAUUGUGAUAAUUUUCAAAAGAAACAACAACAACAGACAGGAAAAGGGGGGGGAGAGGGAGAGAGAGAGGACAGACUGUCUCAAACGCCGAGGCGGAGACCAGAGAGGGCGAGGAGGAGAAGGCAAGGAGGAGAAGGCAAGGAGAAGAAGGCAAGGAGAAGAAGGCAAGGAGAAGAAGGCAAGGAGAAGAAGGCAAGGAGAAGAAGGCAAGGAGAAGAAGGCAAGGAGAAGAAGGCAAGGAGAAGAAGGCAAGGAGAAGAAGGCAAGGAGAAGAAGGCAAGGAGAAGAAGGCAAGGAGAAGAAGGCAAGGAGAAGAAGGCAAGGAGAAGAAGGCAAGGAGAAGAAGGCAAGGAGAAGAAGGCAAGGAGAAGAAGGCAAGGAGAAGAAGGCAAGGAGAAGAAGGCAAGGAGAAGAAGGCAAGGAGAAGAAGGCAAGGAGAAGAAGGCAAGGAGAAGAAGGCAAGGAGAAGAAGGCAAGGAGAAGAAGGCAAGGAGAAGAAGGCAAGGAGAAGAAGGCAAGGAGAAGAAGGCAAGGAGAAGAAGGCAAGGAGAAGAAGGCAAGGAGAAGAAGGCAAGGAGAAGAAGGCAAGGAGAAGAAGGCAAGGAGAAGAAGGCAAGGAGAAGAAGGCAAGGAGAAGAAGGCAAGGAGAAGAAGGCAAGGAGAAGAAGGCAAGGAGAAGAAGGCAAGGAGAAGAAGGCAAGGAGAAGAAGGCAAGGAGAAGAAGGCAAGGAGAAGAAGGCAAGGAGAAGAAGGCAAGGAGAAGAAGGCAAGGAGAAGAAGGCAAGGAGAAGAAGGCAAGGAGAAGAAGGCAAGGAGAAGAAGGCAAGGAGAAGAAGGCAAGGAGAAGAAGGCAAGGAGAAGAAGGCAAGGAGAAGAAGGCAAGGAGAAGAAGGCAAGGAGAAGAAGGCAAGGAGAAGAAGGCAAGGAGAAGAAGGCAAGGAGAAGAAGGCAAGGAGAAGAAGGCAAGGAGAAGAAGGCAAGGAGAAGAAGGCAAGGAGAAGAAGGCAAGGAGAAGAAGGCAAGGAGAAGAAGGCAAGGAGAAGAAGGCAAGGAGAAGAAGGCAAGGAGAAGAAGGCAAGGAGAAGAAGGCAAGGAGAAGAAGGCAAGGAGAAGAAGGCAAGGAGAAGAAGGCAAGGAGAAGAAGGCAAGGAGAAGAAGGCAAGGAGAAGAAGGCAAGGAGAAGAAGGCAAGGAGAAGAAGGCAAGGAGAAGAAGGCAAGGAGAAGAAGGCAAGGAGAAGAAGGCAAGGAGAAGAAGGCAAGGAGAAGAAGGCAAGGAGAAGAAGGCAAGGAGAAGAAGGCAAGGAGAAGAAGGCAAGGAGAAGAAGGCAAGGAGAAGAAGGCAAGGAGAAGAAGGCAAGGAGAAGAAGGCAAGGAGAAGAAGGCAAGGAGAAGAAGGCAAGGAGAAGAAGGCAAGGAGAAGAAGGCAAGGAGAAGAAGGCAAGGAGAAGAAGGCAAGGAGAAGAAGGCAAGGAGAAGAAGGCAAGGAGAAGAAGGCAAGGAGAAGAAGGCAAGGAGAAGAAGGCAAGGAGAAGAAGGCAAGGAGAAGAAGGCAAAGGAAAUAG